AUGCAAGAUGAUGGCUUACCAGUGACGCAAAGUACCCCUAUCGGUUUUGUCGAAAUUGUCUCAUUGACAGGUUUAACCGGGGUUGUGCAGCACAACAGCUGGAGGUGA